GUGAAGCAGUGUGGUUCAAUUUAUUCAAGUUCGCAAAAUCAGAUAGGAAAGAAACGCUACUUGUCGCCCGCCCUUCAACAUACACUCAAGAAAAAAAAUCAACAAAUAUACACGUUUCAGUUGUUUUAUUUGUGUUCUUUGAGUGAAUUUUAAGUAGAAGACGUUUACAAAAAAGAAAAGUGCAUUAAAGCGCGUACCCAAUUUGAGGUAUAUUGAAACAAAAGCACGAAUAGAAUAAAAUAAUUUCCUAAUAAGUGAAGUCGCGAAAUAUAAUUCAGAAUCUGAAAGUUCCGAGUGUUGUGAGUGUGGUUGUAAAGAGACUCAAAUACGUAUACGUACAAGCGGAAGAAAGAACGUCGCUGUUGCCGUUGCCGUUGUUGCCGCAGUCGCAGUCGUAGUCUUCAUUGUCGGCGAAGAAGUAGAAAAGAGGAAAAGCAGUUUAGUGAUUCAAGAAGCUCGUUGGUGGCAAAGAAUUUCACACUACAAUAAUCUCGCGAAAAAGUUGAUAACUAAAAACAAAUUAUAGAUACGUAAAAUGUCGGUUUUAAACAAAUUUACAAAAACCUUAUCAGCGGAUGAAAAGGCGGAAAUAUUGGAAAAAUUUACAGAAAUUGACGCCAACAAAGAUGGGUUUAUCGACUUGAGCGAAUUAAAGGAGGCAUUGGAUCAAGUUGGUUUCAAAUUGCCUGGCUAUCAGGUGCGCGAAAUGAUCGAUGAGUUCCAGAAUAAGCAACGCACAUCACAUCAGGGCAAACUCAAUAUCGAAGAAUUCGAAAACCUCUGUCUUGAUCUAAAAUCCAAAGAUGUGGCAAGCACUUUCAAGACGGUCGUAUCGAAAAAGGAGAACCUCGAAACGUUGGGUGGCAUGUCGAGCAUAUCCUCCGAGGGCACAACACAUUCGGUUCGCCUCGAAGAGCAGCUUGCCUUCUCCGAUUGGAUCAAUUCGAAUUUAGGUUAUGAUCAAGAUCUAAAACAUCUGCUACCAAUCGAUUCGGAGGGCAAACACCUAUACCAAGCGAUCAAAGAUGGCAUCCUCCUUUGCAAGAUUAUCAAUCACUCCUGCCCGGACACGAUCGAUGAGCGUGCCAUUAACAAGAAGAAUUUGACUGUGUAUCGCGAGUUUGAGAACUUGACGCUGGCGCUCGUUUCUUCACAAGCGAUUGGCUGCAAUAUUGUCAACAUCGACGCACACGAUCUGGCCAAAGGCAAACCACAUUUGGUCUUGGGUUUGCUGUGGCAAAUUAUACGCAUUGGUCUAUUCAGUCACAUUACACUCGACAGCUGUCCUGGCUUGGCUGGUCUGCUGUUCGACAAUGAACGUUUGGAGGAUUUGAUGAAACUGUCGCCAGAAGCUAUACUGCUGCGUUGGGUUAACCAUCAUUUGGAGCGUGCUGGCAUUUCGCGUCGCUGCACCAACUUCCAAUCAGAUAUUGUUGACUCUGAGAUUUAUUCCCAUCUGCUGAAGCAGAUUGCCGGUAAUGAUGCCGAUGUCAAUUUGGAUGCGUUGCGUGAGUCUGAUCUGACCUCGCGUGCGGAGAUUAUGUUGCAGCAAGCGGCCAAAUUAAACUGUCGCAGCUUCUUGACACCGCAGGACGUUGUCAAUGGGGUCUACAAGUUGAAUUUGGCCUUCGUUGCGAACCUGUUCAACAACCAUCCUGGACUGGACAGACCCGAACAAAUCGAUGGCCUGGAGUCGAUCGAAGAGACGCGCGAGGAGAAAACUUACAGAAAUUGGAUGAAUUCCAUGGGAGUUUCGCCACAUAUUAACUGGCUGUACUCGGAUCUUGCUGAUGGUUUGGUCAUUUUCCAGCUGUUCGAUAUCAUCAAGCCAGGUAUUGUGAAUUGGCAACGCGUGCACAAGCGUUUCACGCCCCUGCGUAAGUUCAUGGAAAAAUUGGAGAAUUGCAAUUAUGCUGUGGACUUGGGUAAACAGCUGAAGUUUUCGUUGGUCGGAAUUGCCGGACAGGAUUUGAAUGAUGGGAAUGCUACACUGACUCUGGCUUUGAUAUGGCAACUGAUGCGCGCCUAUACCUUGUCAAUUCUAUCGCGUCUGGCCAACACAGGCAGCCCCAUAAUCGAGAAGGAAAUUGUACAAUGGGUCAAUAGUAAAUUGUCUGCCGCCGGCAAGACGUCCAGCUUGAAGAACUUCAACGACUCGGCCAUUGCUGAUGGCAAAAUUGUAAUCGAUUUGAUUGAUUCCAUCAAGGAGGGUAGCAUAAACUAUGACUUGGUGCGAACCGGCGGCACCGAAGAGGACAAUUUGGCCAAUGCUAAAUAUGCAAUUUCUAUGGCGCGUAAGAUAGGUGCACGCGUGUAUGCUCUGCCCGAAGAUAUAACGGAAGUGAAACCCAAAAUGGUGAUGACAGUAUUCGCCUGUAUGAUGGCGUUGGACUAUAUUCCCAACAUGGAUAGCGUGCCAAAUCAGAAUCAAGAACCCAUAGCUGUUGUAAAUGAUGUUACCAUCAACAACACAAAUAGCCACAACAACACUAACAGUAACAACGUAAACAACACCAACAGUAACUAAUGAACAACUAUUGGCGGCCACAAUUUCUAUACAUAUACGUUAAAUAGGAAGAGUAAAAUUGUAAACAUAUACAUAUAUAUAACUUUAUAUAAAAUAGGCAUCAAUAAGCACCAACCAAUAAUGCAGAAUGAAUAUAAAGAAUUAAGGGAGUUUUAUUAAUGAAAAGCGACUAUUCUUCAGCAAUAAUAACAAUGACCAAUAAUGGCUGGAACUACAAGUACAUAAAUAUGUAUGCAUUAAGCAAUAUACAUACUUGCAUACAAACCUAAAUACAAACUAAAAUUAAUAAUUUCGUCUUGUAACACAAAACAAAAGUAAUUUACAAAUGUACGCUAUGUAUUGUAAUUUAUUAAUUUAUUACCUUUGACAAAAAGUGAGGAGAAUUUUUUUAUUAAGAAGAUGCAAAUGUCCGUGUGCAGCAUGUCGCUACCAGCCAAUUUGCGCUAUGCAGAAUACGAUUAUAAAGUGAAGCAAAAUAUAUUAUUGUAUUAUGACAUAACGAUAACCUUAUUUUAUAAAUAAAGGUUUAUUUUUACAUA